AUUCUCCUGAUCUACACAGCUGCCUUCACCAGCAACACUCUUCUGAUUGUCCUCAUUUGGUUGGACUCUCGGCUCCAUACCCCUAUGUACUCCCUGCUCAGUCAGCUUUCCUUGAUGGAUCUGACGUUGACCUCUAGCAUUAUCCCCAAGAUGGCGGUCAGUUUCUUCUCUGGAUGGCAGAGCAUCUCAUUCCUGGCUUGUGGGACUCAAAUAUUCUUUUCCCUGACUGUGGCCCUUGCGGAAUGCAUCCUCAUAACUUUCAUGUGCUUUGAUCGGUAUGUGGCCAUCUGUAACCCCCUGCGGUACCCGGUCGUCAUCAGUCCUGGGGUUUGCUUGCCGAUGACUGCCGUGUCUUGGGCUGGAGGUGCGCUUACUUCCUUUGGCCACACUGCGUUCACCUUACGUUUUCACAUCUGCAGCCCCAGGGAGAUUCCUCACUUCUUCUGCGAAGGCGUGGCUGUCCUUAGGAUUGUCUGCGAGGACAUCUUAGCCUAUGAGAAGGCAGUAGUGGUGACGAGCAUCCUGGUUCUGCUGUCGCCCUUAUCUCUCAUCGUGUCCUCCUAUGUUCUCAUCUUCCUGGCUGUACUCAGAAUGAACUCCCCAGAAGGCAGGAACAAGGCCCUGGCCACUUGCUCCUCUCAUCUCUGUGUGGUGGGUCUCUAUUUUGGUCCAGGUAUGUUCAUCUACAUGAGACCUGGCUCUGCCAAGACUCCAAAAUUGAAUCAGGGUCUCUUUCUGUUUGGAACUGUCCUUACCCCUCUCCUGAACCCUCUCGCCUACAGUCUCAGAAACAAAGAAGUUCUAAGUGCACUGAAAAAGUUGAUGGGGGAGUGUCAGCCCUCCAGGUAG